AUAGAGUGCUUGGCUUUAUUAAAAAUCUGUGAGACAGAAAAUGCUAUGGGCAUUAAAAAGAACAAAUGUAAUCUACUGAUAUGGGUAGUGCUGAUGAAGCAUUUAAUCUCAGAUUUUAUGAUCAGAUAUUGUAAUUAUAAAGGAAUUGAAGUUACAGGAUUAGGUGAG